AUGGCUCGAAACAUGCAAAGAUUUAGUAAUUUAUAUGACUUAAAAGUAAACUUCAAUAUUAACUUGAGCACUUGGAGGGAAAAAUUCUAUGCAUUUGAUGAAAAGAAGUAAAAGUCUACAAACAAUGCCUUUAAAGUGCUUUCUUUCUUUUUGCAAAAUUAUGAGAUCAAGGGGUUUACGCUAAACUUUCAAUUGAUGCUGAAAAACUUUGAUCUAGAUGUAGCCUAAAUGCUAUAGCCAAAGACUAAUACACUUUAAUUCAUUAAAAUAGGCUGUUCUGAGAUUCAAAUCUAGUCCCUAAUUGUACUGACACAGAUACCUUAACUUAAAAGUAUAGUAAUACAUGAGACUAUUAUUAGCAAUUGCUCACAAGGAUUAAGUGGGAUAAAGGAUAAAUUAAAAGAGAAUCCAAGCGUUUAAUCUAUAAGUUUCUAUAAAAAUUAGAUUUGCUUUUUUGGCUAGCAGGUCUUAUUUCAAGAAAUCUUACCUUGCCUUACUGGAUUAACAAAACUACAGGUUCCAACUAACUAAUUAAAGGAUAGAAUUGUGGAUGAUGUCAUUCUUUAUAUGAAAAAUUAGCGAAGGUAGGGAAUAAAGUCAUUAAACAUUGGAAACAAUCACUUUAAAAUAGAAUCUUUAAUGAAGUUAUUUAGUUUCCUGACAGCAGAGUAUCCAGCUCUUCAAAAGUUACAAUUAGGCUUUUAGUCUUUUGAAAGUUCACAGUAAUUCAUGAGAGUAGUCGAUAUCAUGAAGGAAAACAAAUUCAUUAAGAGUUACAACUUCGAGGGAUGCAAUUUGAGUCUCUCAGAUCUAGACUAUUUGAAUAAAAUGCUCAUUAGCAAUAAGAAAAGUGGAAUUAAAAAGAUUAAAUUAGGCCUUAAUAGGUUCUCAGAGGAGCAAUUAAACGAGAAGUUCAAGGUAGAAAAUCUUUCAUCGACUGAUUCAUCAUCAUCAGAUGACGAAAGAGACACUAGGAAUUUGUAUCCUAUUAUGGAUAUUGUUGAAAAGCCUAUUGAAUCUUUUUAUGCAGGUCUCUUUCGGUGCUUGAAAAUGUAUUGA